AUGCUGAGACAACAUGCAGUGCGGCGACUCGCAGCCAGGGGCGCCAUUCGAUACCCUAGACCAGCUCAUUUCUCCUUGUUGACGACAGCUACAGCUUCUGCAAGACCAAGACUUGCUCUGGUCUCAACGCCACGCAGUCCUGCGCAAUGCCUUCAUCCCCAGGCCACAACACAGCUUCCGACCUUGGCACUUUUCUCGACGGCCUCCUCUUUACAGAAAAAGAGUCCGCGCGGAUUUUUUGAUGGCUCGUCAGGCGCAGAGGGCGAGACCAAGCCUACUGCCGGAGCCCAGGAGGACGGAACACAGCCUGACGCAUCCAAGACGGAGUUGGAAAAGCCAAAGGAAGAGUCAGAGGCUGCCAAGUCCGGGUCUGAACCCCCGGCGGCGGCCAAUCAAGGAAACUCGGAGCCUUCUGACGGGAAGGCUAGCAGCGGUGCGUCAAGCGGUGGAGGAUCGAGUGGCGCGGGAAGCGAUGGCGGAUCGGGUGAUGGUGGCCGGAGAGGAAGGAAGUCGGCCGACCGAGCUCUUCAAAAGCCCAUUGUCCCGGACGUGUAUCCUCAGGUGAUGGCAAUUCCGAUCGCGAAGCGCCCCCUGUUCCCCGGCUUCUACAAGGCGAUCACGAUCAAGGACCCGAACGUUGCGAGCGCCAUUACCGAGAUGAUCAAGCGAGGACAGCCUUAUGUCGGUGCUUUUCUUUUCAAGGACGAGAACGCAGAUGCCGACGUGAUACAAAGUGCGGACGAGGUCUACGAUGUUGGUGUCUUUGCCCAAAUCACCAGCGCCUUUCCCCUUCAUGGCGAGGGUGCGACGGGCCUUACAGCUAUUCUCUACCCACACCGGCGCAUUCGCCUUUCGACUCUCAUCCCUCCUGGAUCUGGUGCCGACACCAGCACUGCUGAUAUUGUAGUCGAGGCUGAUAAACCCGCAAGCGACGACCAGGCUAGCAUCGAAGCUGUCCCGGAGCCAAUACCAGCGAAGGCGACGGAGGCAGAGGAGCCACAACCCGAGGAAAAGAAGGGUGACGUUGUGGCAAGCUUUGAGGAGAGCGCGGUGGUUGUGCCUGCGAAGAGCGAGACGCCUGCACCUGUCCAGAAGCAAGCCACGCCGUACGAGCCGACUUCUUUCCUCCGCAAGUUCGACGUCAGCCUCGUCAACGUGGAGAACCUGACGGAGGAACCAUUCGACGCCAGGAGCCCCGUGAUCCGUGCAGUCACCAACGAGAUUGUCAACGUGUUCAAGGAGGUUGCGCAGAUGAACAGCCUCUUCCGGGACCAGAUUUCGACGUUCUCGAUGAGUCAGUCGGCGGGUCACGUGACAGCAGAGCCAGCAAAGCUUGCGGAUUUUGCGGCUGCUGUGUCAGCAGGUGACCCGGCAGAGCUGCAGGAGGUGCUGUCAAGCCUGAACGUGGAGGAGCGGAUGCAGAAGGCACUUGUGGUGCUCAAGAACGAGCUGAUGAAUGCCCAGCUCCAGUCCAAGAUCACGCGGGAAGUCGAGAGCAAGAUCACCAAGCGCCAGCGCGAGUAUUGGCUCAUGGAGCAGAUGAAGGGCAUCCGGCGGGAGCUGGGAAUAGAGUCUGACGGCAAAGACAAGCUGGUCGAGAAGUUCAAAGAGAGGGCCGACAAGCUGGCGAUGCCAGAGGCGGUGCGGAAGGUGUUUGAUGACGAGAUCAACAAGCUCGCCCACCUGGAGCCGGCGGCAUCGGAGUUCAACGUGACCCGGAACUACCUGGACUGGCUGACACAGAUUCCGUGGGGCUUGCGGAGUGCGGAGAACUUUGAGAUCCAAAACGCAGUCGGCGUGCUGAACGAGGACCACUACGGGCUGAAGGAUGUCAAAGACCGGAUUCUGGAGUUUAUUGCUGUCGGCAAGCUCCGGGGCACGGUGGAGGGCAAGAUUCUCUGCUUCGUAGGGCCGCCGGGCGUGGGCAAGACGAGCAUAGGAAAGUCCAUUGCGCGCGCGCUCAACCGGCAGUACUACCGCUUCAGCGUUGGCGGUCUGACGGACGUGGCCGAGAUCAAGGGACACCGGCGCACAUACGUGGGGGCGCUCCCCGGCCGGGUGAUCCAGGCACUGAAGAAGUGCCAGACGGAGAACCCGCUGAUCCUCAUCGACGAGAUUGACAAGAUCGGCAAGGGUUACCAAGGCGACCCGUCGUCGGCUCUUCUGGAGCUGCUAGAUCCCGAGCAGAACAGCUCGUUCCUGGACCACUACAUGGACGUGCCGGUCGACCUGUCCAAGGUUCUGUUCGUCUGCACGGCGAACAUGACCGACACUAUCCCGCGGCCGCUGCUCGACCGCAUGGAGGUCAUCCGGCUGUCGGGAUACGUGUCGGACGAGAAGAGGGCCAUUGCCGAGCGGUAUCUCGCGCCGGCAGCCAAAGAGAUGGCCGGGCUGAAGAAUGCGGAUGUGACGUUGAGCGACUCGGCCAUCGAGGAGUUGAUCAAAUCGUAUUGCCGCGAGUCCGGCGUGCGCAACUUGAAGAAGCAGAUCGAGAAGGUGUACCGCAAGUCUGCCCUCAAGAUCGUGCAAGAGCUCGGCGAGGAAGGCCUUCCGGAGGCAGCAGCGAAAGCAGACAGCUCCGCCGGGGAGAGCAAGGAGACAGAAUCGACGGCGUCCACGGAGGACAGCACGUCCGAGCUGGAUUCGGUUCUUGGAGACGAGACAAGCUCGACGACGAGCACGACGGCCACUUCAACUACAACCUCGACGACCGGUCCGGAGAAGCCACGGAAGGCACUGCAGGUACCGGAGUCUGUGCACGUAGUGAUUGACGCUGAGAACCUCAAGGACUACGUCGGACCGCCGGUGUUCACGUCGGACCGGCUCUACGACGUGACGCCGCCGGGCGUGACGAUGGGCCUGGCGUGGACACAGAUGGGCGGUGCAGCCAUGUAUGUGGAGACGAUCCUGCAGGCAGCGCUGCGACCGAGCACGCGGCCGUCGCUCGAGAUCACGGGCAACAUCAAGGCGGUGAUGAAGGAGUCGUCGACGAUCGCGUACUCGUUUGCCAAGGCCAUGAUGGUCAAGGAGUUCCCGGACAACCACUUUUUCGACAAAGCCAAGCUGCACGUCCACGUGCCCGAAGGCGCGGUACAAAAGGACGGGCCGUCGGCGGGCAUCACGAUGGCGACGUCGCUGCUGUCGCUGGCGCUGGACUACCCGAUCGACCCGACGGUGGCGAUGACGGGCGAGCUGACGCUGACGGGCAAGGUGCUGCGGAUUGGCGGUCUGCGGGAGAAGACUAUCGCAGCGCGGCGGGCCGGGUGCAAGCUGGUGGUAUUUCCAGAGGACAACCUGUCUGACUGGCUGGAGUUGCCAGAGAACAUCAAGGAAGGGAUCGAAGGACGGCCUGUCGGCUGGUACAAGGACGUGUUUGAGAUCAUCUUUGCUGGCUUGGACCGCGACCAGGCCAGCAAGUGCAAGAUCUGCGAGUGGAAGAAGCAGCACGACGCCGACGAGAAAGAGAAGGAGGACAAGGAUGAUUGA